AUGUCAAAAGAGCGUGAUCGUUCGUAUCCGUUUAUCCUCUGUGUUCCAGAGAUAUUAGACAUGAUCCUACGAUAUCUUCCGGCUAGAGAACUACGCACAACAGCCAGAGUUAACAUCUUGUGGAGGAAUAUUUCUAUGCGCAUUCUCCAUUCACGUACCUCAUGGAGCAUUUAUUACCUCGCUGACAAGCUCAUCACAGGUAACGAAAUUGACACUAUAAUCGAAAACAUGUACACGGAACCACGAUUGGUUAUUCACUUAAGCCAUCGAGAAAUCUGGUUCACGAGGAGAGAACCUCGAAGACGAAGAAACGAAGAGCGCCAACUCGUAAGAUCUGUGUUCAAUUUAUACUCCAAGCUUCCGCCAGGAUGCGUUACGCUUGGUUGUACUACCGAGCGUAUUGUCUUUCAACAGCCCAUUGACGAGUUUACCCCUGAUCAGAUGCUUCACCUUAAAGCUGGACACGCUUUCAUGUGUGCACCUUACAUGCCUGGUGUGAAAUACCAUCAUGUCUAUUUGCGCACACCAAAACCUCCUUCUGCAAGUAACUGGUGUGCGAUGUUUGAUCUGCCCGCUGAUACACCGGUAAAGUUGGUGAUCCUAAUUGCAUUGUCAGCGAGCAGGGACUUUAUUCCUUUCAUUGCUGCAGGUAAUGUGCGUUUUAUUCUUGACAGUUAACUGAAAUAUGCUUAUAUUCCAGUAAAAAGUUUUCUGCUUGUGUUAAAGGUUAGUUCGGGCAUUCCUCGCCAACCUGACUUCCUAAAACAUUUCUAAAAGGGGGUGCCAAGUCAAUUUAAUUCUUUUUUACGCCAUACGGGACAUUUCCACACAAUUUUGUCGGGACAUUUCUUUGUAAUUUUUUGGAUUUUAGGCAAUUGGCGUAGAUUCAAGGGAGUUUAAUACAGAAAAUAACUAAGGCAGAUUCAUGUUUUUUUCUCGUUCUACAUUCUGCAUUUGGCGUAUACAUUCGUCACGUUGUCGAAUGAGCUCGUCAUUUUGCUUAUGCAUUCAGUUAGUUUUUUCCUCUAUAAAGCUACGGUCCCCUAAAAGUAACGAAAGCCUUUUUACGCUAUUUAGACGGGCGCAUGUCCAACUUAGUAAACUAAUGUUUGAACUUAGCGGAAAGGCGCGGUUUGGCUAGCGAUUGAAUUUAAAAAAAUGGCUGACGGGUUAAAUGCGUUCAGCUAUUGAUGGGUACGUAGCAGAUGGUAGACACAAGACCAAAUUUGUUUCGCGCAGUAUUGAGGAAGUAAAAGGUGACAGUUAAGCUGCAACAGUAUUGUGUGCAACAAAUUUCUCCACAACGCAGUUUACGCUAUUGAACUCUAAAAAGUGGUUCGAUAUUUAAAUUUCACGUUGCAACCAUUUCCAUCCUUGCCAAAGAAAAAUUAAGACUUGCACUUGUUUUUAGGUUGAAUAGAAGAGUAAUUUUUAAAAAAAUCGAUUCUCAGUUUUCGGUUUUCUUUGUUUCCUGUGUUUUUAGAGUUUAAAGAAAUACACAAUACCAAAUAAUAUUAUGAAUCGUGACACUUUCUUUAACGUCCGACAUCAUACGGUGCAAAACAGAAUCCCGGCAUUUGACCUGAUUUGACAUAAUAUACCUUCCGUUUCAGGAAUCAGGGAGACAUAUGGUAACCAAGUGGUCGUUUUUGCCGGGGUUGGUCACGACCGUUUAUUCAUCGACGGACUGGUAAAAAGAGCAAGAGUUGUCGCUAUUUUCAUUUCUGGCGAACGGUUCCGAGCAUGCGCCGGAAUAUUAAACCGCGGAAACAAUGCCGACUUUUACACUCCGGCUCACGAACUCGUAGAAGAAGCGAGGUUAGAAGGAUUUUCACCAAAAUUCUCGCUACUCUUUACUUCUAGAUUCGUUCACAAAGGACAAGCUUUCUAUUCUAGCUCUCAAACUGCUUUUAAAGAAGGGUUUUCGAAUAUUCCCAUGCUCGGAUUUUAUUCAUACGGUGAAUACUGUCUGACCCCGAGUGACUCUGGGAUAACAAGGAUUAAUGAAUACAAACGACAUAUGAGAUACAACUCUGCUAUUUACUGCGUGUGUUCCCAUAGAAACGAAGCAGAGUAG